CUGCUACCGUCUUCCGGCUGUCACUGCAUUCGAUGUAAGACUUGUGCACAAAACUGACUAAAAAAUAAAGACAGGCAGAAGUGUACUCGGAACACGACAGGACCCUCUCUGCACCUUACAGAUCAGAUAGCCUGCACACACCUUAGGAUGAUGGUCUAAAGGUCACGUUCGGGCCCACUGCUGGUGUGCUGUACUUUGAGUGUUUGUGACAUACGCUGCCUCAACAACAAAAACUAUCCUACAUGCUAUAUCCUGUCCUACACGGACUGAUCUGAUUCAGGCAUAGCAGAAACUCUACACUCCCCCUUCUCUUCUAAACUCUCAAGUCAACUUCUUAACAGAAACUCUAACAGUUGCUGAGGGUCAGAAAAAGUCUAUGACUCAGGUGGAAAACUGGGUGCGGUUGUUAUUUUGGAUUCUCCCCACUGCUUUGGAUCUCCUCAGCAACUCUAUCAGAAUAUCUCCCUUGUUAAUUAUCAGUCAGAGGAAUUGAUCAUCCAUAGCUGCGAUUGGCCGGACGUCAUAUCACACCAGAUUAGAGGGGCUGAACGUCACAGAAGUGAAGAUGCUGGGCAUGUUGUGAUGUUUCUCCCUCCACAUUCCUAACAGUGUUGGACAGACUGGUAGUCAGAGACAAUAAGAGAGGACAACUCAGACACCACACAGCACCUCUCACUGUCCCACUUUGUCUAAUGUACCUUUCAACAGGGCAGCGGUGAUUGAAAUAAACUCUUUUUUUCCGUCAAACUGAUGACCCUGACUGAGAAUCUCAGGAAUCAUGAACCGUGUUGCAGCUCUGAUCAUUCUUCUGACUUAUGUGGUGCUGUCAGAGGCCCAGCAUGAGGAGGGUUACUGUGCUUUCUAUGAAGAGUGUGGUUUAAACCCACUGCUGGAUGGUACCCUCAUAAAGCCUAUCGUCCCCUGUCUCAACUACAGUCGUGCUCGUCCCCUCGCAGAGGACCACUACAACAAACUUCUACAGGUGUGUCCAAUGUUGGAUCGUGGAAUAAACAACACAUACGCCUGCUGCUCCAUCAAUCAGCUGGAGACACUGGCCAACAGUCUGACCCUGUCCAAGACUGUGCUGAACCGCUGCCCUUCCUGCGCUGACAACUUUGCCCACCUGCAUUGCAUCACCACCUGCAGCCCCAACCAGACUCAAACUAUAAAAGUCACAAAGGUCAUGAACGUCACUGACUUGGACAACGUGACAAGGGAGGCUGUGCUAGGUUACCAAGCAUUCCUCAGUGACACCUUCGCAGAUGGCUCCUUCCAAUCUUGUAAAAAUGUGAGGAUCCCAGCCACAGGGGGCUUUGCCAUCGCCACCAUGUGUGGUCGGUACGGCGCCAAGUUGUGCAACCCCCAGCAUUGGUAUGACUUCCAGGGAGACUCCAGUAACGGACUCGCUCCACUGGACAUUGACUUCGUCCUGGUGAAAGCGGGAGACACACAGGGACUACCAGAGGGUGUGAUUCCCUACAACGGACGUGCUCUGAAGUGCAAUGAGACCACACCAAAUGGAGGUGAGGUCUGCUCCUGCCAGGACUGCAUAGAGUCCUGCCCACAGAUUCCACCUCUGCCAGAGCCCCCUGCCCCCUUGAAACUGUUGGGUACAGACGGCUACCUCAUUAUUUCUAUCAUCUUAUUCUGUCUCCUGAUAUUUGCCUUCCUUCUCUACCUCAUCCUCACUUACUUGAUAAGGAACGGGGGAAGAAUGAACAAUGAAAGGAAAGGGAAAGGCAAAGACCAGAACAGUAAUGAUGUGACUGAGCGAAAUAUUCAUCCUUCAGAGGUGAUAUGCACUGAGAAGAACAGCUUGGCUGCUCAAGCUUUCCUGGGCUCACUGUUUCGGAUUUGGGGAACCCUCAUGGCCACUUAUCCGCUCUUGGUGCUCCUGCUGUCAGCUGUAGUUGUGUCUGUUUUUGCCGCUGGCCUCAAGUCCAUUGAGCUCACCACUGACCCAGUCGAGCUGUGGUCUGCUCCCAACAGCCGUGCCCGCCAGGAGAAAGACUUCCACGACACACACUUUGACCCCUUCUUCAGGACAAACCAGCUGAUCUUGACAGCACCAGGCAGAAAAGGCCACACUUAUGACUCUUUGCUGUUUGGACAACAGAACUUCAGUGGAAUUGUAUCCAAAGAUCUCAUCCUUGAGUUGCUGGAGCUCCAACAAACAAUACAAAACAUUGAGUUCUGGUCAGAGGAUCUGAACCGCACUGCAAGCCUGAAGGAUGUGUGUUUUGCACCUCUGAACCCCACCAACCCCUCCCUGACGGACUGUGCAGUCAACAGCUUGCCACAGUACUUCCAGAACAGUCUGAAGAACAUUAACGAUAAGGUGAACAUGACAGAGCUGGGAGUGACCAAAGAGGUGGACUGGAGGGACCAUUUAAUCUACUGCUUCAACUCUCCCCUGUCCUUCAAGGACAUCACUGAUUUAGGAAUGAGCUGCAUGGCUGAUUAUGGAGCUCCAGUCUUCCCCUUUUUGGCUGUGGGAGGCUAUGAGAAUGACGACUUCACCAAUGCGGAGGCAUUCAUCCUGACCUUCUCCCUCAACAACUAUCCUCGCGGCAACACCAAGUUCAAAGUGGCUAUGCAGUGGGAGAAAGAGUUUCUUAAAAUUGUCCAGGCCUAUCAGAAAAACCCUUCAACCAAUUUUACUUUCGCAUACAUGGCUGAGAGGUCUCUGGAGGAUGAGAUUAAUCGGACAACAGCUGAGGAUAUCCCCAUCUUCAUGAUCAGCUAUGCUGUAAUCUUUGUUUACAUUGCUGUGGCACUGGGGGAGUACUCUUCAUGGAAACGCAUUCUGGUUGACUCCAAGUUUCUGGUGGGUCUGGGUGGGAUCCUGGUGGUCGGCUGUUCGGUCCUGGCCUCCAUGGGCUUCUACUCUUGGAUCGGGAUCCCUUCCUCGUUGGUCAUUCUGCAGGUUGUGCCUUUCCUUGUGCUCGCUGUUGGAGCUGACAACAUCUUCAUCUUUGUCCUGGAGUAUCAGAGAGAUAUGAGGAGACCCGGAGAGAAGCGAGAGGAGCAGAUCGGUCGCGUCCUUGGAAAUGUGGCUCCCAGCAUGCUCUUGUGCAGCCUCUCUGAGUCUGUUUGCUUCUUUUUAGGGGCCUUGUCCACCAUGCCAGCAGUGAAGUCCUUUGCUCUGUAUGCUGCCAUGGCUGUGCUCAUGGACUUCGUCCUCCAGAUGACAGCCUUUGUGGCGCUGCUGUCCCUGGACGCCCGGCGCCAGGAUAGCAACCGCUGUGAUCUGAUCUGCUGUGUUAAAGUGUCAACUGAGCGUCCCAACAAGCCACACGAGGGCUUCCUGCUGCCCUUCAUGAGGAAAUUCUACGCCCCUGUCCUGUUGAAGUAUUACACCAGGAUCAUAGUGAUGGUGGUUUUCAUCUUCAUAUUCUGUGGAUCCUUAUUCCUCAUGCUUAACGUGACUGUGGGCCUGGAUCAGGAGCUGGCCAUGCCUCAGGGCUCCUAUAUGCUGGAAUAUUUCCAGUACCUGUACAAAUACUUUGAGGUUGGGGUCCCUGUUUAUUUUGUGACGAAAAGGGGCUUCAACUUCACCACUGUGGAGGGCAUGAAUGCAGUCUGCUCCAGCGUGGGCUGUGAUCACUUCUCGCUAACCCAGAAGAUCCAGUACGCCACAGACCACCCGGAACUAUCCUACUUGGCUAUUCCGAGUAACUCCUGGGUAGAUGAUUACAUCGACUGGCUGAACCCUGGAUCCGGAUGUUGCCGUCUGUACACCAAUGGUCCAAACACAGGGCAGUUCUGUCCUGCAAGCGAAGCUCCUGGAAUCUGUAGGAAGAAGUGUAUGAACUUUGCCCAUAAUGGUGUCUUCAGGCCCAAUGUCACAAAUUUCAACCGCUACCUCCCUGACUUCCUGGGUAACCGGCCUGACCUGCAGUGCCCCAAAGGAGGUCUUGGGGCCUAUGACAAAGCUGUGGUAAUAGGUAAGGGUGGGGAAAUCAUAGCCUCUCGGUUCAUGGCUUACCACACACCUUUAACCAACUCUCAGGAGUUCACUGCUGCGUUGCUGAAGGCCAGAGAGCUGGCCCACAACAUCACCUUAGGCAUGAGGCAAAUCCCCGGCACCUCACCUGACUUUGAAGUUUUCCCUUACACGGUGACAAAUGUGUUUUAUGAGCAGUACCUGACCAUUGUGCCAGAGGGACUCUUCAACAUCGCUCUAUGUCUGCUGCCGACCUUUGUGGUGUGUUGUCUGCUGCUGGGUUUGGAUCUGCUCUCCGGUCUGCUCAACCUGAUCACCAUAAUCAUGAUCAUCGUGGACACUGUGGGCAUCAUGACGCUGUGGGGCAUCGAUUAUAACGCGGUGGCCCUCAUCAACCUGGUCACGGCGGUGGGCAUCUCUGUCGAGUUUGUGUCUCAUAUGACAAGAUCCUUUGCACUCAGCACUAAACCCACACGUGUAGAAAGAGCUAAGGAGGCUACGGCCAACAUGGGCAGCGCGGUGUUUGCUGGUGUUGCUAUGACCAACCUGCCAGGCAUCCUUGUGCUGGCGUUUGCCAAAGCUCAACUCAUCCAGAUCUUCUUCUUCCGAUUGAACCUGAUCAUUACGCUGUUGGGGUUGGCUCAUGGACUCAUAUUCCUCCCCGUGCUGCUCAGCUACUUUGGCCCUGAUGUGAAUAAGGCAGUGCUGCUGCAGCUCCAGCGGGACAAAGAAAAGGCCAAGCAGCAGCUAGAAAUGGGAAACAACAGGAUAGAAGUCUACGAUAACAAGAGCUAUGAAGACAGUGAGGUAAAACAGGAGCCAUACUCGGCGCCCACCAAUCACGAAAGCAAAAAUUUGAGGAUGACAGAUGACAAACUGGAGGAGAAAGAGGUGCGAAUUGACCGUUUCUGAACACUGAUGACAAAACUGUUUCGAGCUCUGACGAGUAAAUACCUCUGCAACAAACUGAACAAGGGUGGUCACAGAAAAGGACCGAUAGCAAAGAGUCAUGCAUGGAAAUCAUUAACUAUGUACCUCAAUCAGAAACGGACCAGUGGGACUGAAGACAGCAACACACAGUUGUGCAAUAUUUCUGAGCAAAGCAAGAGUGGACAAUGAGAGUCAACCUUCCUGUCUCAACAUGUGGAAAACUACACAUCUGUCUUCACAAGCACAAGUGGAAUUACUAGACGGGACAGGAGGUUGACAGAUGUUCUUGAAGUCUUUUUUUUUUUUUGAUAAAUGUAAUUAUUUUGUAUGUGUGAAUAUUUCACAGUAGUACUGUUAAUUUAAAAGGAACAAGCACUCCAGCAUUUCAUAUUAUAUUUUCUUGAAUUAUGGUGGCAUUGCUGUAAAAUGUUAAAUGUGUUUAAACAUUUGGUAUCUUAGGUUUUCAUUAGUUAUUUCUGGUACAAAUAAUAAAUGUCUUUACACUACGUUCUGCGCUAUGAACAAGUCUGACUGAAAACUUGUGAAUGUACUUAAAUAAAGCUAAGCACUGGACACUCUGA